AUGGAGCCUCGCCAGGGGCAAGAAAGUGAGCAGGGCGGCCUAUCCGCACCUGGAGCCUUACCUGAGGCGGCGGUCCGGCGUCCAGGUCUCCACGCCUUCCAGCAGCACGAGAAGGCUCAGGCAUCUCCAGGAAAUACUGGCUACCCUGCCCCUCAGGCUGGCAAUCCUGAAACACAGGCUGAAUAUCCAGCUUCCCAGGCUGGCAAUUCUGAAACCCAGGCUGAGUAUCCUGACUCCCAGAUAGAUCAGAUUCAGAUUCAUCAGCAAAUUGAACUUACAGAUGUCUUAACAAGUCAUGAAACCAAUAACAAAUAUGAAAUUAAAGACAACUUUGGACAGUGUAUAUACUUUGCAGCAGAGGAUACUACUUUCUGUACCAGAUGUUGCUAUGGAUCUUUCAGGCCUUUUAUCAUAAAGAUCCUUGAUCUUAAGGGCCAAGAAAUCAUAACUCUGAAGAGACCACUAAGGUGUACCAGCUGUUGUUUCCCCUGCUGCCUGCAGGAGAUAGAAGUCCACACUCCUCAUGGUGUACCAAUAGGUUAUGUUACUCAGACUUGGCACCCAUAUCUGCCGAAGUUUACAAUUCAAAAUGAGAAUAAAAUGGAUAUUCUAAGAAUUAUAGGUCCAUGUCUUGUGUGCAACUGUUGUGGAAACGUUGAUUUUAAGAUUAAAUCUCUUGAUGGAAAAAAUGUUGUUGGCAAGAUUUCCAAGCAGUUUACUAGGAUUAUGAGAGAAAUGUUUACACAUUAUAGUAACUAUGGCAUCCAAUUCCCUUCAGAUGUUGAUGUGAAAAUAAAAGCUGUGAUCAUUGGCACGUGUUUCCUGCUUGAUUUCAUGUUUUAUGAAAACAAUGGAUGCUUUCAGCUUUUGACAUUAGGAAUAUGGUAG